AUGGAGAAGGAAGAAAAAAAGAAGAUAAAGGGAAGCAUUAAGGAUAAUAUGCCAACAGUUUGGUUCUCUCUGAAGAAGUCUUUACACUGCAAAUCUGAGCCAUCUGAUGUUCAUGACCCCAAAACAAGGAAGCACUUGAGCACAAUCUUGACCAAGAGAGCAGGGAGGUCAGGGUGUUCCAGGUCCAUAGCAAAUCUCAAGGAUGUGAUCCACGGAAGUAAGAGGCAUCUUGAUAAGCCACCAAGUUGCAGUCCAAGAUCCAUAGGGAGCAGUGAAUUCCUCAACCCCAUAACUCAUGAGGUGAUUUUGAGCAACUCAAGGUGUGAGCUGAAAAUAACUGGGUAUGGAGGCUUCCAAGAAGGGGUUGGCAGUGGUGGCAGCAAUGCUGGUGGAGGUAGCGGUGGCUCAACUUUUGUGGGGACUUUGAGGCCAGGGACUCCUGGCCCUGGAGGGCACCCUACGAUGCACUACUUUAACCCUUCUUUUAGGACCUCAUCCACUCCUCCAAGGAAAUCUCCUUUCCUCUUAUCAGAUAAAGAAGGGUCUGGUCCUCAUUGUGCUGGACUUCAUCCUAGCAAUAGGUUGUCUAGUGAAACAGAUUCUAAUGGGUCUUCGACUGUGACUUGCCACAAAUGUGGAGAACAAUUCAACAAAUGGGAUGCUGCUGAAGCUCAUCAUCUGUCUAAGCAUGCUGUUACUGAACUUGUGGAAGGAGAUUCAUCAAGGAAAAUAGUGGAGAUCAUAUGCAGAACUAGCUGGUUAAAGUCUGAAAAUCAGUGUGGCAGAAUUGAGCGAGUUUUGAAGGUGCACAACAUGCAAAAGACUCUUGCAAGAUUUGAAGAGUACAGGGAGAUGGUGAAGAUCAAAGCCAGCAAACUCCAGAAGAAGCAUCCAAGAUGUCUGGCCGAUGGAAAUGAGCUUUUGAGGUUCUAUGGCACCACUGUGGCGUGCUCUCUUGGCCUUAACGGCUCUUCUAGUCUCUGCCUAUCAGAAAAGUGCUGUGUUUGCAGAAUCAUAAGGAAUGGUUUUUCAGCCAAGAAGGAGCUCAAGGGUGGCAUCGGAGUCUUCACAACAUCUACAAGUGGAAGGGCUUUUGAGUCCAUAGAGAUUUUUGGUGAUGAACCAUCGCAGAGAAAAGCACUCAUAGUGUGCAGAGUAAUUGCUGGCAGGGUUCAUAGGCCACUCGAGAACAUUCAGGAAAUGGCAGCACAAACAGGAUUUGACUCAUUGGCUGGGAAAGUUGGUCUAUAUUCAAACAUUGAGGAGCUUUAUUUGCUCAAUCCUAGAGCUCUUCUUCCUUGCUUUGUUGUGAUUUGCAAACCUUGA